AUGAGGCAACACCUCUCUGUAUGGGCGAAACACAUCAAUGGGUUAAAUAAAAAAGAAAAGCAUCGCCUUUGUACCAUCAUUGAUGACCUCGACAAAAUUGCAGAGACCCGCACCUUAUCUCAUCAUGAGAUUGAAUUGAAAAAUCAAUCUAAUGAGAAGGUUGCCCGUCUUUUGCGAGAAGAGGAGAUCAAAUACUACCAGAGGUCCAAAGCUAAAUUCAUUCUAAUGGGAGAUAGUAAUACAAGAUACUUCCAAUUGCUCGCCAAUGGUCGACAUAGGAAGAAAUGUAUUCAUAGUCUCCAACAGGAUGAGGGGCGGAUCAAAGGUCAGAGGGAGCUCAAAAACUAUAUCACCAGCUACUACAAAUCUCUGUUCGGAGCGUCGGAUGAAGGGAAUGUCACCCUUGACGAGACCCGAACAGAUGAUAUUCCACAAGUCACGGCAGAAGAAAACGAUAUCCUCACGGCACCUUUCUCAAAAGAGGAGGUGAGAGCGGCGGUGUUCCAAAUGGAACACAACAAAGCUCCAGGCCUGAUGGUUCCCCGCAUAAUUCUUUCAGAAUUUCUGGGAUAUCAUCAAAGCUGA